UGGACGAUAACGAGCCUGGAGGUCACACAUGAGGAGCGCAUCGCAUCUGGUCCUUUUGCCGUCAUAUGGAGAGGCAGGUGGCAAGGUCGUACAGUAGCCAUCAAAGAACUCAACGAACAUGCCGAUAGAGAUCUAUUCAUCAAGGAGGUUGACGUAUGGAGAAGACUGAGGAGUACCUUCAUCCUCGACUUCCUCGGUGCAUCCAGUACGACCGGACCUGCACCUUGGUUCCUAGUCAGCCCAUUUAUGAAGAACGGCAACGUCCUCCAAUAUCUACGUACCGACUUGGGAAAGCAAGCGAACAAGCUCGCUUUGAUCCAUCAGAUUUCGCAGGGGUUAGAAUAUCUGCACUCUCGAUAUAUCCUUCACGGGGACGUGAAGGCUUCAAACGUUCUUAUCGGUGAUGAUGGUCAAGCACUCCUGUGCGACUUUGGUCUUAGUCGACUGAAGAUGGAUAUGAGCACAAAGUCUCAGAGAGAUUCGACCAAACCCGCCCUUCCUGUGGCCGGGACGAUGCGGUGGCAGAGUCCUGAACGACUUGCUGGUGGUCAAGUGACAUGGCAAUGUGACGUAUAUUCCUUCGGUAUGGCGAUAUACGAGAUCGCCACAAAUGGUCAAAUUCCAUAUGGAUAUGUGGAUGACUUGUAUGUUAGAAAAGACAUUCAGAGUGAGAGGUCUCAGUACAUUGUGAUCCCCCAAGAACUGACAGAGUAG